AUGGUUUGUCAAGAUAUUGUUAGGCAUUAUGGAAGGAAGAAUUGCAAACCGAGUUGUAUGAUUAAAAUUGAUUUGAGGAAAGCUUAUGACAUUAUUGAAUGGGGAUUUAUUGAAGAAAUGCUUGUUGCUUUUCAAUUUCCUCGGAAGUUCAUUGAUCUCAUCAAGGUGUGUAUCAAAACCCCUAGAUUUUCCUUAUUACUUAAUGGUGAAUUGCAUGGUUUUUUUGAGUCCAAGAGGGGUUUGAGGCAGGGUGAUCUGAUGUCCUCGCUCUUAUUUGUGCUUGGCAUGGAGUAUUUGUCUAGAUUAAUGAGAGAGGUGGGUUCUCGGCAUGGUUUUAAAUACCAUGACAGAUGUGAUUCUUUAAAAUUGAAUCACUUGUGUUUUGCGGAUGAUUUGUUGUUAUUCUGUCAUGGGGAUUUCCUUUCCAUUCUUUUGUUAUUGAAGGGCCUGAAACUUUUUUCAUUGACUUCUGGUUUACUGCCUAAUGAAGAGAAAUCGGCAGUUUAUUGUAGUGGCAUGCAGGAGGCAGAGGUGUCCCGAGUGCUGGAAAUGUUAGGUUUUACUCGAGCUUAUCUUCCUUUCAGGUACCUUGGCAUACCUGUUUGUUCAAAAAAAAAUUCAGCAGCUGAGUGUAAUGGUAUUCUUGAGAAAAUGGUUGCUAGAAUCAAAGUUUGGAGCACAAGGAACUUGUCUUAUAUGGGAAGAGCUACUUUAAUCAACUCUGUUUUAAUUACUAUACACUCUUAUUGGGCUCAAAUAAUGAUCGUUCCUAAACGAUUAUUAAGGGAUGUUGAAGAUGUUUGCAGAGCUUAUCUUUGGAAGGGUCUGGCUGGCAGUAAUAGUCCGGGUUUAGUAGCUUGGCAUCAUGUGUGUUUGCCCAAGAAAGCUGGGGGUUAG